UAGAGUGGAAGCAUUGCUUCUCGAAAAAGUGCUGAUUUUUUUUAAUAACGAAUUACUAAAAAUAACAUCAAGUGUGAGAGAAAUUUUAUUGUGACAAUACAAGUGGCAUUCAGAAAAAUAUGGAGAAGAAAUUUACGAUUUGUAAAAUAUCUAUAAUUCUGUUGAUAUUAUUUCGAGAGUUUGGAGUCAUUCACUGCAACAGUUUGGACGAUCCACCCAUGGAUGAUUUUCUUAUUCUGAAUAACACUUAUUCUGAAAAGAUUACUUUUUUCGUAAACGACACAGAAAAGUAUGAAAUUGUGGGCGUCAAAUGUACACUGAUGGGUGCAGUGACUAUUGAUUACGACGGAAAAGAUACAUGCUAUGACCUUAUGCCAUGCAAUAAUUAUGUUGCCACAGUUUCAAUCAAGUCUUUAAUUAUCGAAGAUGGUGAGAUUAUUGAGCGAACACUUUACACAAGUACGGAAUAUUCAGGUAAUUACUACUAG